GUGUCGCGUAUACCGUACGAUUACGAAACGGAAACAUUUAAAAAUUCUAAUGAUGGAAUUUGGAGAAAAUGAUAAAUCGUUCGAAGACAGCCAAGAAUAUACAGAUCGGAUGAACUUUUUAUCGAAACAACUUUCGAAAUGCAAGGAACUGAACUGUAUAAUCAAUGAGCGCAAGCAAAGAUUAUAUGAUUGGACAUCAUCGUUUUCGGUAUUGCAAAUGAGCAAUUUGUCGAAACAAAUCAAGUACAAUGAAUUAGCGAAAGAAGAAGGUCGCGUGAGAAAAAAAUACAUCGAAUCAGCAAAAUCAACGGAUGCAAUACAGCAAGAAUUCAAAAUUUUAAAGUCAGGGAGCAUAUGCCAUAAUUUCUUGGGAAGAUGUGCAAGCUACGCGGAGUCUUUUUUACACUCAUACACAGAAUAUUCGUCCGUCAAAUUAUCAAAGGAUAUUGAAUUGUACACGCAAAAAUAUGAAAAACUGCAACACGAAUUAUCAAUGAAAAUGAAAGAAUUGGAAAGUUUAGAGAUGGAACAUGGUUUAAAUUGUUUGAUCUCUGACGGGGCAACGAAAGAGAAACUAAAAAUUUAUGCUUCGUUGAACGAUAUAAUGUUAAAUAUUCGUAAAAAUACUGAAAAUAAUGAAAAAAAUAUUAGGAUUGGGCAACAAAAAUUGGAGGCACUAGAGAGCAAACUCGUGUGAAAGAAGACCGUGCAAGAAUAUAUUUAAAAAGAAAUUUGUACUGCCCCCUAAACUAAGAUGUGAACUUUAUUGGACAAUCGAAGGGUGUUCUAUCUUCUUUUCCCAAAUGAAUCGUUAUUUUCAUGGGUUUACG